GAAGCCAGCCUCACAUUUCAGAGGCGCCGCCUCGCUAAACGCUCUGCUUCUUCAUUACCGCUCCAUCAUUGUAGCCUCAUUAAACGCUCUGCUUCUUCAUUAUCGCUCCAUCAUUGUAGCCUCAUUAAACGCUCUGCUCUUCAUUAUGACUCCAUCAUUGCUAAAAAUGUCUUUAAAUGUCCGAAGCAUUUGAUCUUUCUUCUAGCUUCUUCUCAUUAUCCGGUUUCAGACUGCAAUACGCCUUCUUUCUCGUCCUUCAUUUCUUCUCAUUUUUUCACUGGAAGAAAGAAUCCCAUCAAAGUUGAAAUCGUUCUUUUCUUUUCUAUUCUCUUUCGAUCCCUGCUUCCACAUCCUUCACACCAGAAAGAUGUUCGAUCAAUUGCCUGACUCGGACGGAGAAAUAGGGUCCGAGAUACUAAACUCUAGCCAGAGCUCAAGUAGCAACAGCUGCGAACGUUGCAGCAGCUUCUCCUCUCGCCUAUCCUUCGACGCCUCCGGUCCAGCUCCGCCACCGCCGGACUUACGCUCCAAACCUCACCGAUCCUCUGACCGGGCAUGGGCUGCGAUCCGCUCGCUGGCCGGCAACGAAAUAGGCCCUCGCGAUUUCCGACUUCUCCGCCAAAUCGGAAGCGGCGAUAUCAGCACUGUCUACCUCUGCCGCCUUCGAGAUGAUCAUUCCGCUUCCUCUUUGUACGCUAUGAAGGUUGUUGAUAGGCUGUCCCUUGCGAGGAAGAAGAAGCUUGGACGGGCCGACACGGAGCGGCGAAUUCUUCGGGAGUUAGAUCACCCUUUUUUGCCGAUCUUGUACGCCGACUUUGAUGCUUCCCCACACUAUUCGUGCGUGGUUAUGGAGUACUGUGGUGGCGGCAAUCUCCACUCUCUCCUGCACCGCAUGCCCGGCGGCCGCUUCUCCGUCUCCGCCGCCAGGUUUUACGCGGCGGAGGUUCUCCUGGCGCUGGAAUACCUCCACAUGCUCGGCAUCAUCUACCGCGACCUCAAGCCGGAGAACAUCCUCAUCAAAUCCGACGGCCACAUCAUGCUCUCCGACUUCGACCUCUCCCUCCACUCCUCCGCCUCCCCCGCCCUCGAGACCGUCAAGCCGACCUCAUGCUUCCUCGGCCGCCUCCUCCGGUCCAAGAAAACGGCGCCCGGUCGACUCUUCGUUGCGGAACCGCUCGGUGCUCGAUCCAACUCAUUCGUCGGGACCCACGAAUACGUCUCGCCGGAAGUCGCUGCCGGUCGGGCCCACGGAAGCGCCGUCGACUGGUAUGCCUUCGGCAUUUUUCUAUAUGAGCUGCUCUACGGCCGUACGCCCUUUGUGGGGCCAACUAAUGAGGCGACUCUCCGUAAUAUUCUCAACAAGCCGCUCGCAUUCCCGCGGCCGGCGGCGGGUGAAGCCGACGGCGCCGACGAGGCGGCAGCGAAAGACCUUAUUGCCGGGUUACUCGUUAAGGACCCGGCCGGCCGGCUCGGGUCACGCCGCGGGGCGGCCGAGAUAAAGGUUUGCCGUUUCUUUAAGGGGGUUAAUUUCGGGUUGAUUCGGUCGUGUCGGCCGCCGGUGCUGCCGGUGUUUCGGCGCGCCGCUUCGUGUCGGGAGGCAUCGAGGCUGGAUCGGUUCGAGGGCUUUUGAGACCGGCUGUCGGGUUUAUCCGGUGUACGUGGGUUCCACACUAUAAUGGACGAACAAUUAUUAG